CUUUGUUUUUUUUAUUGUUAAAUUUGCAGUGAUUAUACUAAAGGAAUUAUUUUUUAAUAACAUGAACACUUCAUCGAUUAUCGUUCUAACUUUCAUUUUGGUUAAUAAUAUAGUAAAUGGCAGUCCUAGCAUUAGUGACAUUGAUGAAGAUGAUUUAUUAUUAAAUGCUCCUGAUAAUGAUACCUCAUCUGACGACUUCUUCGAAGAUUUGAUGAAAUCACCAGAUGAUGAUAUUUUUGAAAACCCAAUGUUGAAUUUACCAAAGAUGAAUAUGCCAAUGAUGGACUCUAUAUUUCAAGAUUGCUUGCUUAAUAAUUUUUUAAGUAACAAGUGUGUAAGUUGUUCUGAAAGAGAGCCAUCGAUUAGAUUGGAAACUUGUAGGCAUAAUAUCUGUAAUGAAUGUUUAAAAGAAUUCGGCAAAAAUCAAACAGAAAAUUGUAUAAAAUGUCAAACAAACAUUGAAAAAUUUAGAAGAAUUGAAAAGCUUCCUAUACCUCAAUUAGAGGUCAUCAGUCAAGUUGAUAAAAAAACUGAAAAGAAAAAAAAGAGAGAACAAUGUCCCUAUUGCUCUAUAGGCGAUCCCGUUAUGACUUUUCAAGAAUGUGGACAUUGUGUUUGUAAAGAUUGUGCUGAUCAAGUAAAAAUAGGAGCUUCUAAUUGUCCAUCAUGUGAUGGACGUAUUUUAAAAAUUGUAGAUCAACAUGGUGUAUCAUUCUUUCCAUCAACUGGAGAAAAACCAAGUUCCAGUAAUACUGGUUAUUUGAAACGUCUCAAUUCGAUUAAUAGUGGUUCGGAUUUGCUUUCAGAACUCCUAAAAAGAGAUAACGCGCCUAAAGCUAACGAAAGUGAAAAAAAUGUUAAUAAAGAAGAAGAAGAAGAAGAAAAAGAAGAAAAAAAAGUAGAAGAAAAAGAAGAACAUAAAAUUGAUGAUGUAGAAUAAUUAUUAAUACAUGUAUUAAAUAUUGCAUAUAUAUGAAUAAAGGAAAAAUCAUCUAA